CCUACCUUGGGAAAAAAAAAGUUCUUUGGCAGCCCAGUUCAAGAACCCCACCAUCCCACCCGGAGGGUCGACUGCUCUCACGACGGCGCGCCCAACCGCCCAUUGCCCUGACCUACGCCUCUCCUCCUACAAGUUGUGAAUCUCAGCAAACAUGACCAGCCCUUCCACACCGAGUCCGGCAACCUGCCAAUCCAACUUCGAGCAAGGCGUCGCGCUGGCGCUGCACCUCUGGCCGGCGCUCACGCUGGCCGUGCAGAACAACUGGGGCGGGCCGGACUCGUCCGACAAGCGCGACUGGUUCGCCGGCGCCAUCGUCGACUUGUUCCCGGACGUGUCGUCCCUCACGCCCGCCCAGCUGCAGCAGCGCGCCCACGCCACCGCCACUGCCUUCUCCUCCGCCUCAUCAUCAAGACAACAGCAGACGACGACGGCGACAACUCAACAACGACAACCCGCGCAGAACGGCGCCGCGGCAUCGGCGGCAGAGGAGCCCGACCAGGAGGACGUCGAGGCGGUGCUGCUGCAGGUGAUGCUGGACGAGUUCGAGGUGAACGUGGAGGACGACUCGGCGUUCGAGGUGGCGGAGCAGGUGGUGCGGCUGCGCGGGGAGUGCCUGCACGGGCGGUUCGACGGGGUCGAGGAGCUGCGGCGGCGGUGGGAGGCCCGGAAGGGGGGCGGUGGCGCCAAGGUGGUUUUCCAAAAGGGGGAGGAUCAAGACGGGGAGACGGAUUGGGAUACUGAUGAUGAUGAUGAUGAGGAUGAGGAGGAUGAAAGGGAGGGGGGCGGGGACGGGGAGGAUGUGGAGAUGGAGGAGGCGCCUGCGCUGGUGCAGACCAGAAGGGUGAGGGAGGAGCCCGAGGUGGAUGAGGAUGGGUUUACCAAGGUUACGAGGAGGAAACGGUAAGAUGAGCUGGUUGCGAGUGAUGGGAGGAUGGACGGGGUGCGCAACGCGACGGUAA